UAUAAAUCUAAUUUCUAUUGUAUACGAAAGGAUUCUAUGUUUGUUUGAAGGAGAAAAAAAACCCGUUUCAGUUUCAAUUUUUCAAUUUUCUGUUCUGUCAAUUUCAUUUAUUAUUAAUCCAUAGUAACUGGAUGAUAACCGUUUAAGCCUAUGAACAUACACUAACUAUUUUCAUAAUCAUGAUAAGUAUACAAAGUAGUUCAAUCCUAUUUACAUUUUCAAUAUAACAAUUAAAGCAUAUUCAAUAUAAUUUUAAUAAGAAGAAUUAUGUUUAUUUGUUUGUUUAUUUAAAACGAAAUCCACUUCUAUUCUACAUUGAUUAAAACAAUUAAAAUUGUAACUAUGCUAUGAAUCAUAUAACUGUGAUUGAAGAAGACAUUCAAAUUAAACAUUGAAUAUAUAUACUACUAAGAAUCAUAAUGUAUGGAGCAACAACAAGUUCUAAGAAAGGAAAAAAUUUAACAUCGUACGAUUUAAAAACUUUAGAUCUUCAAACUAAACCAAUUUCAUUACAUAAAUUAGAAAUGAUGACGAAUUUUACACGAAAAGAAUUACAAUUAUUAUAUCAAGGAUUUAAACAUAUUUGUCCUUCAGGUGUUGCCAGUAAAGAAUCUUUCAUAGGAGUAUAUAGAAGAUUUUUUCCUAAUCGUGCAUCUAGUUCUUAUGCUCAAUUAUGCUUUCGAGUUUUUGAUCAAUGUCAAACAGGACAAUUAACAUUUGAGCAAUUUGCCUGUGGUUUAUCACAAUUAGCAAAAGGUUCAAAUUUAGAUAAAAUUAAAUGGAUAUUUACUUUAUAUGAUAUUAAUGGAGAUGGUUAUAUAAGUAGAUCAGAAUUGAAAGAAGUUAUACAAGCUAUUUAUGAUUUACUUGGUGAUAAACUACUCACUGGUAACAUUGUACAAGCUAUUGAAGAUAGAGUUAAUAUAAUGUUUAAUAAAUAUGAUCUUGAUCAUGAUGGUAAAAUAUCAAAAGAUGAAUUUUUUAGUGUUUCUACACAAGAUCCUGAUUUUAUAGCAAAUUUAAGUUUAUUCGAUACAGUCACUUAAUCAAUAUGGAAGAUAUAAAACUAUGAUGAUCUUUAUAUGAUCAUUAUCAUAUUCAUCAAUUAAUAGGAAAUACUGAUUAUGAUCCGAUGUAAAUAUCAAAAUAUGAAGUGAUUAGAAUAAAACAUGGAACAGUGAAUGAACCCCCACCCCACUGCCACUCAAAAAGAAAAUUAUUCUUUCAGACAUUGAUACACUAUUACAUCAGAUAACAGAUUACACUAUGGUUAUAUUACAUAAUCAAAUAAUGUUUCAAAUUACUUAAUUGAAUACAGAAUCUUUUUUUCUUUUCAUGAUUUCGUCAAUGUUUCAUGUAAUUGAAUGAAGAGAAGAAAAAUAUUACUUUAUGAAAACU